AGAAUGAAACAUGACUGAGGAAUCUCAGAGAAACUUUCGUUCAGUAUAUUAUGAGAAAGUAGGGUUUCGUGGAGUUGAAGAAAAGAAAUCACUAGAAAUCCUCCUCAAAGAUGAUCGUCUGGAUACUGAGAAACUGUGUACUUUUAGUCAGAGGUUCCCCCUCCCGUCCAUGUACCGCGCAUUGGUAUGGAAGGUUCUUCUUGGGAUCCUGCCUCCACACCAUGACUCCCAUGCUCAGGUGAUGACAUAUCGCAAGGAACAGUACUCUGAUAUCCUUCACGCCCUACAAGUCAUUCGCUUUGUCAGUGAUGCUACACCUCAGGUUGAAGUCUAUCUCCGUAUGUAUCAGUUGGAGUCUGGGAAGUUGCCUCGAAGCCCCUCAUUUCCACUGGAAUCAGAAGAUAAAGUAUUUCUUGCCAUUGCUAAAGCCAUGGAAGAGAUGGUGGAAGAUAGUGUCGACUGUUACUGGAUUAUCCGAUGCUUUGUGAACCAGUUGAAGAAGUACCGGGAUUCUCUACCCCAGCUGCCAAGGGCUUUUGAACAUUACUUGAAUCUGGAAGACAGCAGACUGCUGAAUCAUCUGAAGACGUGUUCAGCAGCGUCCAAACUUCCCUAUGAUCUCUGGUUUAAGAGGUGCUUUGCAGGAUGCUUACCUGAAUCCAGUCUGCAGAGAGUUUGGGAUAAAGUUGUAAGUGGAUCCUGUAAGAUCCUAGUUUUUGUAGCUGUGGAAAUUUUACUGACCUUUAAAAUAAAAGUAAUGGCACUGAACAGUGCCGAGAAGAUCACAAAAUUUCUGGAAAAUAUUCCCCAGGACAGCUCGGAUGCGAUUGUGAGCAAGGCCAUCGACUUAUGGCACAAACACUGUGGGACCCCGGUGCAUUCAGCCUGAACGCUCUUGACACUUGAGGACAGUCUGCCAGACCUGCCUUGAGCAUUUUGUUUUGGGGACAUGGUCCUCUACACUGAGUGAAAAUCAUGUUCUUGCUCUGGUGCUCAAAUUGUAACUUUUUUUUCCCAGUAAAAUUAUUUAAUUAAGA